AUGCAUAUCCUCCGCCUCCUUUUGCCUCUCCUGGCCGCCGCUCUUGUGACUGAAGGUGCGGCUAUACGCAAUAAACCACAGCCAGCCGAUUUACCGCUUGUGUUUAAUGAACUCAACCCGCUACGGCAAAGACCAGGCUGUGACAUCUCAACCAAGCAGCUUCCAAAGAUAGGCCACCCACCAGAAUUACCGGGCCCUGAAGCAAGUCUUCAACUUAAAUAUGUUACAUUCGGCGUUGGCACCCAAAACUACACCUGCGCUGGCGGCGUUACCAAACCCGUACACAUUGGUGCUGUUGCGACCCUUUACGAUGGCUCAUGCCUUGUUAAUAUGAACUUUCGAAUUAUGGACAUUCUCAGUUAUAUCUCUUUACACACUUCGAACGCAUCGGCAAAAUGGGUAUUGGAAGACUUUUUGAAAUUACCUAAGCUCGGCCAGCAUUACUUUACCGGAGGGAGGCCCUUUUUUGACCUGACGACUCGUGGCGGCUCAGACAAAGCCUACGUAUCUGUGGUAGCAAACGUCCCAGCUCCCAGUAACUCCGAUGUCUCCUGGUUAAGAUUGAAUAAAGUGGAGGGAUCGGGUAUGGAGGUUGUUUUUCGAGUUGAAACACAAGAAGGAACUAGCCCUGCAACAUGUGACGGAAAGGUCUCUGACUUUCAAGUUGGUUAUACUGCGCAAUACUGGGUUUAUGGCUAA